UUAAGCACUAGUAUCAAAACGUUUCACUUUCAUAGUAUAUCAUCCGGUGAACUACAAUGGGAGAAAAAAUGAAAACUUCUCUGUACUAUUUUCUCAUUUUCUCCUUCAUUUCUUCAAUAUCGGGAGCGUUGGAAAAAAAGUUUCCACCUUUAGAUGAUGCCCGAAUCAAGCAAGUAUUUGGCUGGAAGCAACUUGACUUUAAUUUUCCCACUGCCGAGUCCAGGGCAGAGGCGAUCAGCAGUGGGGAAUUCGACCCAAGAUUAGUUCAAGUCACCGGCGUCCAAGUAGCAGGAGAUCGCGUGUUUAUACCAAUGCCUCGCUGGCGCCCCAAAGGAAUUCCAGCCACAUUGGGCUUUGCAAAAUACCCCUCCGAUGACCCUGCACCCCCGCUGACCCCGUACCCUGACUGGGAAUCGCAGAAAGUGGGCAAUUGCGAUGGAUUGACGUCCGUUUUUAGAGCUACGGCGGACGACUGCGGUCGUCUUUGGGUUGUGGACACUGGAAUGGUUAAUUCUUAUGAAAAUGAAGAUUCCCGUAUUUGCCCAGCUAAAGUGGUUGCCUUCGACUUGAGUACAGACAAAAUUGUCCUCUCAUAUAUACUUAAGGAUGAGGUAGCCGUCAGAAAUGAAUCGCUUCUCGCCAACCUCAAGGUUGAAUAUCCUAAGGGUGUUUGUGGGAAACCCGAGGAUGCUGUUGUUUACAUCGCAGACACGACGACCUAUGCCAUUAUAGUGGCUGACCUUUCCAAAGGACAGUCUUGGCGAAUUGUCCAAAAGACGUUUUUGCCAGACCCCAAAGCGGGUACUUUUCACGUUGGUGAGGAAACGUACGAGCAGAUGGAUGGCAUCGUGGGAAUGGCCCUGAGCCCGCAAAAGAAGAGCGUCGACAGACUUUUGUACUACUCGUCCUUAGCUUCCUUCGACCAGCACUGGGUAAAAACGUCUGUGCUCCGCAAUAAGGAGUUGGCCCUGAAUCCACCUCGGAAGGCCUUCAAAACAUCCUACCAACCAAGGCCCAGUCAAACUGGCACAUACGCGAUGGACAAAAAUGGCGUUUUAUACUUUGGUCUUGUGAACUCUGACUCCCUUGCUUGCUGGAAUUCAUUUGCAAACCCUUACGAGCCGCGUUUCUUUGGAAUUUUAGCCCAGGAUAGAAACGCGAUGCAGUUUUUAGCAGAGACCGAUAUUGACGAAAAGGGACGACUGUGGGCAGUAUCAUCGCGAAUUCAAAAGUUUUUUGCAAAUACAUUGGACCCCAAGGAAGUCAAUAUUCGCGUCUUUAUGGCCGAAAGUACUGAUGGCGUCGUCAAAGGCACAAUUUGUGAGAGUGUGAACCUAAAGAAGAAGAAGGAAGAAAAGAAUAAAAAUAAUAAAGAUGAACUUAUGUGGCUGGCACUUUUUGCGUGUCUUUUGCUGGCGGGCUGGCCACAAUAUGCACAAGGAAAUGCAGACUUAGCCCAAAAUGAUCCGGUUGAGCAAAGGAUCGUGGAAGUUUUUGGUUGGAAACAAUUUGAUUUCAACUACCCCUCUGAGGAGCAGCGUCAAGAAGCUAUCAGCAGUGGAUCUUUUAUUCCAAAUUCGAUGGACCCCACCGGAGUUUUCGCAGCAGGAAAUCGGGUAUUUCUUUGUCUUCCACGCUGGCGGCGAGGAGUGCCUGCAACCCUGGCCUACGUGGAAUACCCUUCAGAGAGUUAUUCGCCUCGUCUCAACCCUUACCCAAACUGGGAGCUGAGCAAAGAGGGCAACUGCGACGGCUUGACCUCCGUGUUCCGCGUUUUCAUUGACGACUGUAACCGAUUGUGGGCUAUUGACACUGGUUGGUCGCCGUCAUGGCUCGUCCCUAACCGCAUCUGCCCCGUCAAGGUCAUGGCCUUUGACCUCGCAACCGACAAAGUUGUACUCCAGUACAUACUGCCUCAGCAUGUGAUUAAGAGCGACGCCCUUCCUGUCAAUAUUGUAGUCGACUUCCCAAAAGGGAAAUGCAACAACCCAAAAGACGCCAUUCUUUACAUAGCGGACACUGUUGCUUUCUCAAUAAUAGUGGCCGACAUGUCGAAUGAUGAGGCCUGGAGGGUCGUAGACAAAACCGUAUUCCCUACGCCAGACCUCACCACGUUUCACGUUGGUGGCGAAACUUUUGACAUGAUUGACGGAGUCAUGGGAAUGGCACUAGGACCAAGAGAAGAAAAUGGCGACAGAAACUUGUUCUUUUCCGCCAUGGGGAGUUAUGACCAGCGUUGGGUGAAGACAUCAGUUUUGCGAGACAAAGAGAAGUCCAACACUUCACCUGGAGCAUUUAAAAGUGGCAUUAGCCCAAGAGGAAGUCAGACCGCCGGAUACGCAAUGGACAAAAACGGCGUCCUAUUUUUCGGGCUUCUUACCUCCGACUCGUUAGUCUGUUGGAAUUCUAAAAAUCCAUAUGAAAGUAAUUAUUUUGGCCACCUCGCCCAGGAUAAAACAGCUAUGCAGUUCCUUGCCACUGUUUCGAUUGACAGUUCUGACAGGAUUUGGGCGGUUUCUACCAGAAACCAAAAGUUUGUAUUGGACACCAUUGAUCCUAAUGACAUCAACUUUAGGGUUUUCAUGAGUCCAUCAAUUGAAGUGGCCAUCGAAGGGACAAUUUGCAAAGGUUCUAACUGAUUUAAAUGAAAAAUCAAAUUUUGUUAUAAUUUUGUUUAACUCCGAAUUUUAUAAAUAAAUUUCAAAAUAAAAUUUGUAACUUGAGAGAAGAUAUAUCAUUUAGCAGAAGAAAAAUAAAGAACAGUUUGUUAUAUUAUAAAUUAAACAAAAAUG